AUGGAAGACAAGACAAAGGUCAUCAUUGCUGGAGCCGGUAUCGCAGGUCCCGUGCUGGCCAUUUUCCUUACAUUGAAGGGAUACAAUCCCAUCGUAUAUGAACGUAUCGACACGCUCGCAGAUUCUGGCCUCAGUCUUUGUCUACAACCAAAUGGGCUGCGCGUUCUCUCCCUCAUACCAGGCUUUAUCGAUAAGAUCGUCGGCAAACCUUUUGAAAGGAUAGCGCACUAUUCCAUCCUGGGGGACGAAGAGACCGUUCUUGUGGAUGCUGGAUUCCCUGCAAAACUCCCAGAGUUGACAGGAUUUAGCAUGAUGGGUGCACGAAGACCCGUCUUUAACCGCACUAUUGUUGAAUAUGCAGAAUCAUACGGCGUCAAAAUCAUCUGGGGUCAUCAGUUAAUCGCUCUAGAACAGGGCAAAGAAGAGGUCAAGGUUACUUUUGCGAACGGUGCAAGUGACACAGCAAGUUUCGUUAUCGGAUGCGAUGGACUUCAUAGCAGCACUCGUGUCUGUCUCUUUGGCCAGGAGCAGGUCAGCUUCACGGGCUUGACGCAGACUGGCGGCAUCUCUCCUACACCUGAAGUGUUUGGGAAAGUUCCUACAAUGAGGAACUUCUAUGCAGAUGGAGCGCAUCUGAUAUGCUACCCAGUUACCGAUACGCUCACCUCCUGGGCCAUCACCCAGCGGGAGCCUGAGGCCAAAGAGACUUGGCGUUCUAUGGAUGAAAUCCGCCAAAAUGCAUUCAAGAAGAGCCCCUUCUCUGAAUGGGGUCUCGGUGCGGGCGAAAUUGUACAGUCCGCGGAUACAAUCGUCAAAUAUGGCUUGUACGAUCGUCCGGAACUUAAGACUUGGCAUAAGGGGAGGGUGGUCUUACUAGGAGACGCUGCUCAUCCUACUAGCCCUCAUCUCGGUCAAGGUGCAAACCAGGCCUUCGAAGAUGUCUACCACUUGGUGCGUCUGCUUGUCCAACACAACCCCUCCGCUGCGGCUCCCUCGACUGCGCUCCUUUCGACCAUUUUCGCCGGAUAUGAAAGCAUCCGUAUUGCACGCGCCUCAACGUUGGUGAUGGGUGCACGAAAACAGGGUGAGACUCGCGUCGUACGUGGUAUCGACGCCUGCAAGCAGAGAAACGAUGCGCUGCGUGUAGCCUGGGAAGACGAAGACGCGGUUCUCGCAGCUUUCUUGGAUACAUACUCACACCCAUUCACUGGGCAGAGCGAGAUCUGA